UCACACCUCAAUCCAGAAGAUGGCGGUAAUGCACUUUGUUUGCAAACUGCCAAAAAAAACACAGAUGAAGAAGAAGAUCCUCAUUGGGAAGUUUUGUGUUGAUCUGGUGAACAUCUCUGAGCGUUUCUUCCUGUGGUUUUGUCUUCCCGUGGAUUACUCUUGGACUGUUUAUUCUCUUCGUGAUUCUUUGCUGCCUGUCCUGUUUUCUAUUGUGGACUGAUUUAUACCCGAUGGAAGUGAAAGAGCAAAGACAAGAACUGAAGUUAAAGAUUGGAUAAAAACACAGUGAUCACAGUUCACACCUGCAGUGAAGCCCCUCCCACAACAAUUCACCAAUAAAUACUGGGAAUAUUCCCAUCAUCCUACAAGAGAAGGACAAACUCCAGGAGUAGCAGCUGAAAUCUGUGUGACUGUUAAAGAUGGAGUUUAUAAAAGAGGAGAUUGAAGACAUGAGUGAUCCAGAACCAUCCAGAAUAAAACAUGAAGCUACAGAGGAACAAAUAGACCAGGUGAGAGUGAAAGAGCAAAGACAAGAACAGAAUGAAGUGGAGGAGGAACAUCGUAACUUUACAAUUCAAAGAACAAAAGUCAAAAAGACGCACACCUGCACUCAGUGUGGAAAGAGUUUAACACGGAAAGGAGACCUUAACACACACAUGAGAAUUCACACUGGAGAGAAACCGUAUACAUGCACUCAGUGUGGAAAGAGUUUCAUACAGAAAGGACACCUUGACACACACAUGAGAAUUCACACUGGAGAGAAACUGUAUACAUGCUCUCAGUGUGGAAAGAGUUUCAUACAGAAAGGACACCUUGACAUACACAUGAGAAUUCACACUGGAGAGAAACCGUAUACAUGCACUCAGUGUGGAAAGAGUUUUUGUCAAGCAUCAGCUCUCAGUGUUCAUCUGCUCAUUCACUCUGGAGAAAAACCAUUUAACUGUGAUCAGUGUGGUAAAGAUUUUAUUUCAUCAUCACAACUAAAACAACACCUGAAAGUUCAUUCAGAUGAGAGGCCUUAUGUGUGUUCUCUCUGUGGAAAGAGUUUUUCAAGACUGAACAGUUUCAAACAGCACCAGAAAACACAUGAUGGAGUGAGAGAUCAUGUGUGUUGUGACUGUGGGAAGAGUUUUACUACAUCUAGUCAUCUGAAACUUCAUCAAAAAACUCAUACUGGAGAAAAACCUUACAAGUGCUCAUUUUGUGACAAGAGUUUCACUCAUUCUGGACAUCUGAAAUCACACGAGCGAGUUCAUGAAAAGGCGUACAAAUGUACUCAGUGUUGGAAGAGUUUCACACACAAAGGACACCUUAACACACACAUGAGAAUUCACACUGGAGAUAAACCGUAUACAUGCACUCAGUGUGGAAAGAGUUUUACUCAUGAAUCAGGUCUCAGUUAUCAUCUUCGCAUUCACUCUGGAGAAAAAAACAUUUAACUGUGAUCAGUGUGGUAAAGAUUAGUUCAUCAUCAAAUCUAAACCAACACCCGAAACUUAAUUCAGAUGAGAAGCCUUAUGUGUGUUCUCUCUGUGGAAAGAGUUUUUCAUGGCUGGGCAGUUUUAAACAGCACCAGAAAACACACAAUUAAGUGAGAGAUCAUGUGUGUUGUGACUGUGGGAAGAGCUUUACUG